AUGCCCUCCAACAAUCCAGAUCCCAAGCUCCUUCCAGAGAAGAUGCUGGACGUGGAUUCGAGGCAGAUAGAGGCCGCCAAGGAAGCCGAGCUCAUCAAAGGUAUUCGUGUGCGAUUCCUGGAGGCCGGCGCUGAUCGCACCAUUGACGGCAAGUCGCAGUACCCGAAGGCCAUCGAGGUCCCGGGUAUGUCCGGGCAGGCGACGAUCCUCGAACUUAGGAAGAAGAUCGCCUCGAUGGAGGACAUGCCUCUAGAGGAUAUCAACCUCUUCGCAGCGGAGACCAGCUUGACGGAUAACGUGGCUAUCCAUGAGUGCUACAUGGACUGGAUGGGCUCGGGUCUUGACGACUGGCCUCCCAGAUUUGUCGAGCUUGCCUCAGUCGCUGCAGAGGUUGCCUCAGCAGUAGUGCUUCGAGCAGGAGCAUCUGUUCCGUGGAGCCUGGUGCAAGUUGUGCCACAAGUGUCAUAUUUCAGCUACUAUCUCAUCAGUGCCUAUCUCAUUUUCGAGCUGCGCGCUGAGUUGAUUGAUUGA